UCCUGGCUCAUUGAAACAUCUACAUUCUCCGAUCCACGCGUCGAGCUAGCUCAUCCAUGGCGGCGGCCUCCGCCAAACGCUUCCUGCUGCCAUGCGUACUCCUCCUCGUGGCCGUCUCCCUCAACGGCUGCUUAUUGUCAGCAACGGCCAACAGCCUCGCCGACGACGACAACGAUGAUGGUCUGAUGCUGGCAAGGUUCCAGCAGUGGAAGGCGGAGUACGGCAAGUCGUACGCAACCGCCGAGGAGGAGCGCCACCGCUUCCAGGUCUACGCCGGCAACAUGCGCUACAUCGAGAGCACCAACGCCGUCGCCGAGGCGGCCGGCCUCACGUACGAGCUCGGCGAGACGGAGUACACAGACCUCACCAACGACGAGUUCAUGGCCCUGUACACGGUGCCCCCGCAGACGCAGCUGCUGGCUGAAGAAUACGAGGAGGACACGGCGCUGAUCACGACGCGCGCCGGGUCGGUCGAUGCCACCGGGCACGCGGCGGCGUACACGAACUUUUCCGCCGCGCCGGCGAGCGUGGACUGGCGCGAGGAAGGCGCCGUGACGCCGGUAAAGAACCAGGGCUCGUGUUUGUCGUGCUGGGCCUUCGCGACGGUGGCCGCAGUGGAAGGGAUCACCAAGAUCCGGACGGGGAAGCUGCUGUCCCUGUCGGUGCAGCAGCUCGUGGACUGCGACAAGCUGGACAGUGGCUGCAAGGGCGGCAUCCACUUCCGCGCCAUGGAGUGGAUCACCUCCAACGGCGGCAUCGCCACGGAGGCGGACUACCCCUACGAGGCCCAGGAGGGCACCUGCGACCGCUCCAAGCUACCGGCCGCCACCAUCUCCAGCUGCGGGCGCGUGGCCCCCAAGAGCGAGGUGUCGCUGCAGAACGCGGUGGCGAUGCAGCCCGUCGCCGUGUCCAUCGAGGCCGGCGGCACCAACUUCCAGCACUACAAGAAGGGCGUCUACAACGGGCCCUGCGGGAUCAGUCUCAACCACGCCGUCACCGUCGUCGGGUACGACCAGCAGGGCGGGGACGAGUAUUGGAUCGUCAAGAACUCGUGGGGGGCUAAGUGGGGAGAAAACGGCUUCAUCAAGAUGAAGAGGAACAUCGCCGGCAAGCCGGAGGGACUGUGCGGCAUCGCCAUCCGCCCUUCCUUCCCACUCAAGGAGUGACUUGCAUGAUGCAUGUUUACCUUCUUCUCAGCCAGCCUACUAUAUGGUGGAGUCAAACUUUUUAUUUUCACUUUUUUUAUUCCCGUUACUUGUUAUAAGUAAACUUGUUUGUCGGAAGUCAUAUGUGUAAUGUGUAAUAAGACUCAUCAUGUUUGAAACCGACGAUAUAUGCAAAUCAAUUACAGAUUUACUCGUUCUCAAA